CGCUCGCUACACUCUUUGAUGUCCACGUCCCGUGGUGUCCGAGUCCUGCCGGCAGCGUCGCGCGCCCCUGCUUAGAGAAAACACACAGAGGAGGAAAACUUCAUUGAAAUGGCGGAGGGUUCGGCGACUCUCAAAGGCUUGCGAGCCCAAAUGGUUGCAGCUGCCCAGGCCCAAGCUGAGGAGCGGCGCAGCCUGGCAGGAAACAGUCCAGGACCUACAGCAAACACACAGGCUAAACCUCAGGGGUGUCGACCAGUCAUUGACGGUGCCGCACUUAGAAUAGACGACCGUCUGCGAGUAGCUAAAGAAAGACGUGAGGAGGCAGAGAGACAACAAGCUUUGCGUGAUUCUCAAAUCAUGGAACGUGAGCGCAAAGCCAAGAUGCAAGUGGAACGGCAGUUGGAAGAGCGUCAGAAAAAGGUUGUGGAGCAGCGGAAGAAGGAGGAGCAGAAACGAAUAGCUGUGGAGGAGAAAAGGAAGCAGAAGCAGGAAGAAGAAAAGGAGCACUAUGAGGCAGUAAUGAGACGCACAUUGGAACGUAGCCAGCGGGUGGAACAGAGACAGAAGAGGUGGUCCUGGGGUGGACUGUCUACAGACUCAGAUGGACGGGGAGGAGAUUCUGAUGCCAGUGCCUCAUCUCCAGUAGCUAUAGUAAUCUCUCCAGCUUCCCCCGACAAGCCACUGAGGAGUCGACAAGUGGACAAGCGCUCUACAUCCACCAUGAACCUGAAACAGCCUUCAGAAGCUAACAUCAGUAAACGCUUGUCCUCAUCCUCUGCUACCCUCAUCAAAUCUCCUGACAAAAGUUUUAAGUCAAGGAGUUCGUCUUGUAACCGGUUGCCUAGUAAUGGCAAAGCUGCUCAGGCCACUAAGGAAGAUGACAAAAAGCUUCAGGUGGAACAGACAGGCCACUCCCUAAAGAAGAGAAGUUCGUCGCUUACACGAGUAAGUGUGGGCAAAGCACAGACCCCAGCCAAGACUGAUAAAGGGACCACAGAUGAUCAAGCUCGCAGGCCACCGGUGAGCACUGUGGAUGGAGGGCUCCUUAGUCGCCUGCUCACUCCCACCCAGGCCUCAAUAGCUAGGAGCAAGAGUGCCGCUGCCCUUUCUGCUGAAGGAACAGAUGCUCCAGAGUGUCAACUGUGUCCUCGCUCAGCCUCAGCAAGCCCUCUUCACCCUCCUCGUGGACCCGUCCGAAGCCGCAGUAUUGAUCGGCAACAAAAAACGGGUAUGACGACCUCUGUGUCAGCUGACGGGGCCCUGAGUGCUUCACUGAGCAAGCAAGACAAGCAGGUUUCGUCUCCUGGGAGGCAACGUCCCCCGUCACCAUCUAUUCCUUCGACUCGCAACCGCUCGCCGUCUCCUGCGCCCAACCCCGCUCCAAAGAGAACUCCAUCCCCAAAUACAGCAAAGCAGAGUUCUAAAACACGUCCACCCUCGCCGGGGGCUGCGAAGCAGCGUCCACCAUCACCACAGACAGCUUCUGCUAAAACUCCACCCAUCCCAAAACCUGCUCUGACCCCAACAGGACCUUUACGCAAAAGGGACUCAAAGUCCAAGGAAAUGUUUUCCACACCUCCUAGUGCUCUGACAUCUUCUGAGAGCAGCAAGUCCAAAGAAAAAGAUGAUUCCAAAUCCAGCGUGGGCACCAACUCUGCCUCAGAAGCAGCCAAGAUGUUGGCAGAGAACCGCAGGCUGAUGCGAGAACAGAAGGAGAAAGAAGAGCAACUCAGGUUACAAAGGGAGGAAGAGGAGAAGGCGCGAAAGGAAGAAGAGAAGCGUUUAGCUGAGGAGGCUCGGCUGAAACGCCUGGAGGAGGAGAAGAAACUCGAGGAAGAAAGGAAGUUGAAGGAAGAAGAAGAUGCACGUAAAGCAGAGGAGGAGCGGGUGAGAUUGGCGGAGGAGGAGGCGCUUAAACAGGCGGAACUUCAGAAAGAGCGUGAGGAAGCCGAGGCCAAAGCUCUGGAGGAGGCGGAGAGAAUCAGGCAGGAGCGAGACCGGAUCAUGCAGCAGAAUCAGCAGGAACGCAUGGAAAGGAAGAAGAGAAUUGAAGAAAUAAUGAAGAGAACUAGAAAAGGGGACCAAGGUGACUCGAAGAGAGACGAUGACAAACUGCAAGAUGAUGAAGAGGAUGAGGAUGAUGCAGUUGAUGAUGAUGUUGUGGACCCAGUCAACUCUGAACCAAAGGUUGUUGAUGAAGAGCACACUGGUGACACGAUCACAGAGGACAACAAAGAUGAGUUUCCCCUGGCCUCCGGUGAGCCUGUGGAGGAGAGGGAGGAGCCGCUGGGCAGUGUGAAUGGAAAACCAGAGUCGGAUGACAAGGAAAAUAACAACGGCGUGCAGCAUGGGGACAGCCAGGCCGACAGCCCGGUGCCAAUGGGCCGACUGGUGGAAGGUUCAGACUUCCUGAAUGAGCAGGAUCCAGCCAAUGUGGUGUCAGGCCUGAACGGCAAGUCUAACCAGUGGAACAUUGAAGAGUUGAUCGAGCACAACGUGCACUCUAAGUCCCGCCCGCUCAUCGAGACAGACGACUGCAACCAGGUCUUGAUCGACUGUGACGCUCCAGACGGAACCACGAUGGCCUUCGAGGAAAAGGACGCCCCAGUCAGUACACUGCACUCUGCAAACCAGCCCAUAGAAGCCAUGCCAGAGAUUUGAUGCUGUGAGCCUGCGCUCCGCACUGUUGCACUGGCGGAGUUCAUAUCCAGGUCCUUUUAAGUGUGAUUUCCCCUCCAACAACCCGCCCCUCUUUCUUUUCCACGUUAUUCCAGAAAGAGUAGCACAAGGUGAAGUGGAGUGUAGAACACCCUGAGUGCAGAAAUCCAGCUCCCUACAGGAGCCACACAAUGUUCAAGUUCAAUAAAGUCUGCAAAGCAAAAUACUUCAGGGAUGUUCCAGUUUACUGUUAGUCGACAUCCAGUUUCCUGUUUCUAGUUUCUUUCAAAUUUGUGCCCCGUUUAGUUCCUUUUUUUUAUGUUUUCGUUGGGUGCGUCAUUGUAAUUUAUUAUUUUUGGCUUCUGUGGCACUGUAAUUAUUAGGCUUAGUUUCUUCCUCUUGUUUAAAUAAAUUCCAGGACACGUCAAUGUGAAGUUACUGAAGAAGAUGAUACAUUCUGCUCAGUUUUGCAUGAGAGUUUCUAACAGUUACUUGACCCGCUGCAGCAAUAAGGCCUUGUUCAUGUAUAAAUAUAUUCCAAAAUGGCUUGUGUUGAGUUUUUGUUUGGCUUUUUGCUGCAAAAGUCCGUUGUAGUCAACACACUUUUGUUACAUACGCUGCUUGGCAUGUAGGGGGCGCCGCAGGCUGCCGUAUCUGCUCAGUCAAUUCUCACGCAGUCGGUCAUUGACGUGGCGUCAUAGAGUUUUAUGGUUUACAUGUGUACAUAGAUGACAUGCUUACUUUUGUUCAGGCAAGGCUCCAGCUGGUCCCCGCACCGCUCACUCUAACUUGACGUUUUCGCCGUUUUUCUGUCUCCGUAAAUUAAACUAACCCGAUCUGACCCACUCACCCUUGAACCUCUCAACACAUCAGCUGCUAUUAAAUGCGUUUCAGCUGUUUUUAUAGGCUGUUUAUAUAUAGAAAACACAUUUCUACAUCUAUUUAAGUGUCUUUUGUUUGUGUAAAUAAUCAGUAUUAGAGAUUGAAGCCAUAAUUAGGGUGGAGUGGUGUCAUGAAGUGGACGGCUGAAGUUGCAUUCUAUAGGUUUGGACUGGAGGGGCCAAGUGAGGGACGUCUUUUGUUUGAUCUUAAAGCUUAAAUUUUCACCCCAUCGAAGGGCAAUUCUUUAAACUUCAAAAAAUAUAUAUAGAAAAAUAAUCUCCAAGUAAAAAAAAUGGGUUACUUCUUGAGCUCACAUUUACAUCUUCUGUUCCAUUUCUCGUGUUGCAUUUAGUGUUGAGCUCAGUACUGUGACUAGUGUUUCCAGGCAGAUUUUAACAUUUCCGAUGCUUGGAUUCUCCAAGCAAGAGUUUGAGGACUUGAACAAUGGCCUUGUUCUUUACUACCUUGAUGAGAAAUACUCUGUGUUGUUCAAGCCACCUGCUUCCGCUGACUAGUGGUCGCUGACAAGUGGCUUUUCUCAAACCAAAAUGAAACCUGGACCUCAUUCAAGAACGGAUGACUGAGCGUUUCACCUCCCACUCGCCUCAACCUUUUUCUCACGUCAGGUUGGCCUCCUCUUUCGCUCUGUCGCAUCAACAAGGACGCGUGUCCUUCUCAAAGGUCUAUCACAGUAGUAUAGCACCGUGCCUUAGAUGGAGUCUAGUGUUUUAAAUGGUUUAACUGUUUACUGAAGAACUUUUGUCCUUACCUCGGCCUUGACAAUCAGUCCACCUAACCAGGGCAACGGCGCGUGUGUGUGUGUGUGUGUGUGUGUCUGGAAAUGUGAUCUGUUCUGUAAAUAUAUCUAAAGUGUACUGAGAUGAAACUGUUA